CUCCCCUUCUCGCUGACACAUAAGCAUCCUGCUCUCCGUGUCAGAAACACGACCCUCACCGAAGCUUGCCAUUUUCUGCAUCUCUCCUUUCACCUACAAGCGCGAUGCAAGAUCCCUCGACAACAGCAUGGGCAACGCCCAUACCCGACCCCGCAAUGAUUGAUCCUCACUGCGCGCAACAAGCACGCAUGCGCAACUUCCUCGAGGAGAACGCCUGGCUCAACGCCCUCCCCAUCUCCGCAAGUGACCUCAACGCUCUCCGUAGCAUUCAAGGCCUCUACGUGGUGCGCAUCGACAAGUGCCCAUGGCUAGGCGCCAGUCUCCGCCUCUGGUUGAUAUGGGACUACGAUCGUCUGUGGGGGAGUUUCACAUUCACCCCUCUAGAGGGCGUCUUCCUCAUUGACCCCGCGUUCACCAUCGAGGACUGUGACCCAGCUACCGGCUUUAGUCCAUCGUUGCCGGUCCGAUGGAUAGGCUGGGCCGGUUCUAAUGGCUUUGAUCGGGAGGAUACGAGCACGAUCCCGAGCGAGAUGCGGAUCAAUCCCUGGAAGCAGACGCUUGAGGGCGAGUUUGGGUUCAUGUGGGGAUGCGGGUGGCCUGGUCCAGGGACGGUGAGUUUCCGGGCCACGCGCUUGCCCGGGGUUGAGGAUCUUGGCUGGCAAGGCGUCAUCGACCUUGAGGAUAUUGUGGGCGAAUGGGCUCAGCGAGAGCCAUAUGGUGAAAAGGAGAGGAUACGCCAGACGCUGUCACCGGAGGAGUUGGAGGCGGAGCUGCACGAGCGGGAUGCUGCACGGGUUUGGGCUCGAGCUCGUGAGGAGAGUCUGAAUGAGGAUGCUGGUGAGGAUGACGAACUAUCACUUCUGUCCGAGUGCUUUUCGACCAAGGGAGAUGUGGCCAUGGCUGUGUUUGACCACAGUGGCAAUAGUGUACAGAUUCGUCUGCGGGUUCACACAAAGUACAAUCGGGUCUGGGGAGAGUUUGACGGCGACUUCCGGACGAUUUCCUUUGUGAACUCGCAGACUCGCGACAAAGCUCCAGCCCCAGUGAGAGACUCUAGGAUCGGCGAGGCCGAAGACAGUCAUCUUCCACCUUUGCUAGGCAGGUUGCUGUCGGAGAGGAAAACGCUCAGCGCCCAAGUUUUCGACAAGGUUGGCAAUAGCAUGCGGAUCCGCUUGCGGGGCGAUGAGAAGGUUGUUGUCUCGGGAGAAUUUGAUGGGGACUUUCCGACGCUUUCUCUGAUGAAGUGGAAGAUUGACGGCGGUGCUGAAAAGAGUGAAGAUUUCUGAUUCUCCUGAUUCGGAUGCACUCGUAGCUGAUUCGGGUUUGGUAGCCAUCGCCGAUUAUUAAACGAGCAGCGAAGGUCUGGCAUCUUCUUUCCUAGAAGAAGAAGACUGUUAGCUCCACGUUGAUAAUACUAUGAUGUAUCCGUGCUUUUCGUGUUUUAGGCUCGUCUGUUG